AUGCUUCGAAUCCCCAACCGAGUCAUCCCCAUUUCCACCCUUCUCCUCCUCCUCCUAACCUUGCCGUCGCAUUCAGAAACAGAGGAUGUAAGGCCCCUACUCCUCCAGUUCAUGAAAUUCCUCUCCCGCGGCAAGACCAUUCCCCUCCCCAACUGGGGAUGGAACAAGACCUCCGACCCUUGUUUCUGGACCGGGGUCACCUGCGAUUCGGAGUCUCGUAUCACGGCCUUAGUCCUACAAGGUCUCGAUCUCGGCGGAUACCUAGAAACCAGGAAACUCUGUUCGGCCCAAUUUUCCCUCCGCGUACUCUCCCUCACAAACAACAGCUUCAUCGGCCCGCUGCAGCCGGAGAUCGUGAGCUGCGCAAACCUGACCCACCUGUACCUCGGCGGGAACCAGUUGCAAGGCUCUGUUCCUGUCUCUAUCCCCCUUUUGACCGAAUUGAAACGGCUCGUGAUUUCGGACAACAGUUUUGAGGGUGCUCUGCCCCGCGACAUGGGGAGGAAGAUGUCGAGGCUAGUGGAGUUUUGGGCGGAUAACAAUCGGAUCAGUGGGGAGCUUCCUGGGGAUCUCGUCACAACCAAUUUCUCCGGUCGAUUCAACGUGUCGAAUAAUCGACCGGUGGGGCGGAUUCCGAGUGGGUUUUCUAAUUUCCCUGCUUUGAGUUUUGCGAGGAAUCCUGGAUUGUGUGGACCUCCAUUGUCAGUUGCUUGCUCGCCAGCUGGUGCUGCGGCUUCCCUUGCAUCUGGCCCGACUAACUUUGUGAACUAG